AAUUGUGCGAUGACAAUUGAUUUGAUACGAAAUGCAUGGUAAAUCAUCAGUGUUCUAUCACAUUUCGCUGAUAACAUUUCGAAUAAUACAACAAUAAGUUCGUAGAGUUGUGUCGAUAAAUAUUUUGGUGGAGACUCACACAUAUUUAAAAAAAUAAAAUGUCUUACCAAGACGACGAAGAAGGCGGAGGUUUCGACGGACAUCCGAGCUCGUUUCCUAAGGAUUUCGGUUAUGGGGCUUUUGAGGGCGAACACGACAUUACUCUCUCGGCUGGGGACCAAAAACCCAGGAUACUACUCAUGGGCCUACGAAGAUCAGGCAAAUCCUCAAUACAAAAGGUGGUUUUCCAUAAAAUGUCGCCGAAUGAAACGCUGUUUUUGGAGAGCACAAAUAAAAUCGUUAAGGACGACAUAAACAAUUCGAGUUUCGUUCAGUUUCAGAUUUGGGAUUUCCCUGGUCAAAUCGAUUUUUUCGAGCCAACAUUUGACGCGGAUUUAAUAUUUGGCGGAUGCGGAGCUCUCAUUUUCGUCAUAGACGCGCAGGAUGAUUAUGUAGAAGCAUUGAACAAACUAAACUUGACUGUAACUAAAGCGUUUAAGGUGAAUCCCAAUAUAAAAUUUGAAGUUUUUAUACAUAAAGUUGAUGGUUUAGGAGAUGAUUUUAAAAUGGAAUCUCAGCGUGAUAUUCAUCAAAGGGCGACCGACGAUUUGUCUGAUUCAAGCAACGAUCAAAUACAUCUUAGUUUUCAUCUGACUUCUAUUUAUGAUCAUUCUAUUUUUGAGGCGUUUUCAAAAGUAGUGCAGAAACUAAUACCUCAAUUGCCUGCUUUAGAGAAUCUUCUCAAUAUUUUAAACACGAAUUCGGCCAUUGAAAAAUCGUUCCUGUUCGAUGUCGUCUCGAAAAUUUACAUCGCCACAGAUUCAACGCCUGUCGAUAUGCAAAGUUACGAGCUUUGUUGCGACAUGAUUGAUGUGGUCAUUGAUGUAUCCUGGAUUUACGGCGUGAGAGAGGAACAAGAUGCGGCCGCUUUCGACGAACAGAGUUCCAGCCUCAUAAAAUUAAACAAUGGCACUGUUUUAUAUCUCAGGGAGGUGAACAAAUUCCUUGCUCUCGUUUGCAUAUUACGUGAAGAUAAUUUCGACCACAAAGGCAUCAUCGAUUACAAUUUUCUUUGUUUCCGAGAGGCUAUCCAACAAGUGUUUGAAUUAAGAAAUAAAAGUCAGUCGACGCCGACCACAAACUCUGUAGGUAGUCCAAUUGUUAAUGGGAAUGGAUCGAUCAGUGAAGGACAAUUAAGUCCAACUUUAACAGAUGAACAAAAUUAAACAGUUUUGUGCCUUUUAGUUGUUUUGUGUUCAUUUGUGCAAUUUUAAUUUAGUUUUUGAGAACUUAUUUAUAAUGUGAGAGUUUGUUUUUUAAAUAUUCUUGAAUGAAUGUUUUUAUUAGGUGUGUUUAUCUUAACAUCGACGUUCCGUUUCAAUCAUAAUUAUUACGUUAAUGCGAUGAUAAUGAUUAAGUUUAAAAGUGUAUGAGUCAAAUUUUUGAAGCAUGUUAAUUACCUACAAUCAAAUUUUAAGCUUGUUAGAAAAUAGUUAUAUACAAAAUGUGCCAGAUUUGCUGUCUAAAAUUAUGUACAUAUUGUAACAUAUCACAGUGUAAAGAAGCGCGUUUUUCCUCCUUGCAAUAAUUUCUUUCAGCGACAUAAUUGUAAAUAAGUUUUAUUUUGUGUACAGUUAAGUAACUAAAUGUAAAAUACUUUAUUUUUCUUUACUUAUUUAUCUUUUUUAAAUAAAUUAUCUCUAGAA